CAAGCCCCCACCCGGGGCGUCCACAAUCGUCUCGCUGGACUAAACAUCUUUCGUUGAAACUUCGUGUCCGAUUCAAGUCGUCUCGGUGGACAUUGGUGUUUCUUGGCCUAGUGUAGCUUCGGUUAGCUUGCUAGCCGCUAACAAAGGGGCCCUCGUGCUCAACACAUCGCUGCACGGAGAUGGUAAGCGUAAAGUGUUGUUGCAAUUUUCGCACCAUGUGCACAAGAAGGACAUCAGAAUACGAGGAGGAACUUUGUAAAGAAAAAGAGGACCACAAGGGACAACGUAAACUGCUGGACGCCAUUGGCAGGAUGCAGCCAAGAAUUGUUCUUCACAGAUUAGACAUCAGCGAAGAUGUUUGUCCUGAGAGGCUGGGUGCAGAGACUUAUCACAUUAAAGAGGAAGAGGAGAAAGAAGAGGUAUCCCACUUGAAAGAGGAAGAGGAGCAGCAGGCCCAAUAUAUUAAAGAGGACGAGCUAGAGCACCCUUGCACGAAAGCGGAGGUGGAUGAGCCCCCUGACAUCAAAGAAGAAGAAGAGGAGGAGGUUAUCUGCAAGGUGCCCUUUACUGGUGUCCUUCUGAAGAGUACAAAUGAGGCCGACAGAGAGGCUCCAAGCAGCAGCUCAUAUCAACAAAUGACAACAAAAGACAUCAGCGAAGAUGUUUGUCCUGUGCGGCUAGAUGCAGAGCCUUAUCACAUGAAAGAGGAAGAGGAGAAAAAAGAGAUCUCCCACUUGAAAGAGGACGUGGAGCAGGAGGCCCAAUAUAUUAAAGAGGAGGAGCUACAGCACCCUUGCACGAAAGUGGAGGCGGAUGAGUCACCUGACAUCAAAGAAGAGGAGGAGGAGGAGGUUAUCUGCAAGGUGCCGUUUACUGGUGUCCUUCUGAAGAGUUUAAAUGAGGCGGACAGAGAGGCUCCCAGCAGCAGCUCAUGUCAACACAUGACAACAAAAGGUGUUGGAAACCACCAGGAAGAAUCAAAAGCAGAUGGCCUCUUUGCUCCACGUUCAAAUAGUGACAACACGUCGUCAAAUGCAGAUGAUGAUGAGGAGGAGGAUGAAGAUGAAUCUGAAGGUGAUCUGACAUGUAACACACACAGCAAACCCUGGAAAUGUUCUCACUGUGGGAAAAUGUCUGCGUGUCAAAGUGCUUUGGAAUUACACGUCAGAACCCACACUGGUGAGAAACCUUUUUCCUGCUUAGUUUGUGGCCAAAGAUUCUCUCAUAAGGGACACUUAAAUGUUCAUAAAAGAAUACACACUGGUGAGAAACAUUUUGCAUGCACCGACUGUGGGCAAAGCUUCUCUCGUAAGGGACACUUAAAUGUUCAUAAAAGAACACACACUGGUGAGAAACCUUUUGCCUGCGCAGUUUGUGGCCAAAGAUUCUCGCAUAAGGGUAGCUUAAAAUGUCACACAAGAACCCACACUGGUGAGAAACCUUUUGCCUGCGCAGUUUGUGGCCAAAGAUUCUCUGAUAAGAGAAACUUAAAACGUCACACAAGAACACACACUGGUGAGAAACCUUUUGCCUGCACAGUUUUUGGCCAAAGAUUCUCAUGGAAGUAUCAGAUUAACACUGGCAUGACCCAGAGGUUUUGGUGCUCCCUAAUAUUGCCAAUGGUGUCCCUUUUUGGGACAUUAGUCCAAACACCUUUGCCUGUCUGUUUGCCCUUGCACUCUGUCCCACAGGGGGACAGUCUUGGGGGUGAUCUCAGGAUGGGAUCCCGGGAUGUCCCAAAAGGGACACUUCUGGGUCAUGCCAGUGUUUUAAGAAUCCCAAGUGUGUCUGAUGAGACAAGCAGUCAUCCUUGAAGUUUUCACUUCUCAUCUGAGCAGGUUUCAGUGUGUUUGUGUGCGCCAAGGCUGAUUGUAUUGUAUGUACCUUCUUACCGGGAUGCUGAAGUUUUCUUUUAGUGCAUUGAAAAGUUUAUUUUUUGGUUGUUGUAAUGAAUUAGAAAAUCUAGCAUUUUCAUCAGGGUUAUCAUACUUUUGGAAUCUCCAUUGGAGUUAGUUUUCAUUU